GGAGGCAAGAUGGGUCACCAGCAGCUCUACGGGAGUCACCCUUGGAAGUUCAGCCAGGGCUCUCGCUCUUGCUGCGUCUGCUCUAACCGCCACAGUCUGAUCCGUAAAUACAGGCUGAACAUGUGCUGUCAGUGCUUCUGUCAGUACGCAAAGGACAUAGGCUUCACUAAGCUGGACUAA